AGAACUGAUCCCAGCAAACGGUUCCUUCCUUUUCAUAAUCCCUCGUUGCUUAUUUUAGCCGCUUCUCCACCCCGCCAGGAAUACCAUCCAGAUCUUAGUCCAGGUAGAUCUGACGUCAAGAGAUGGCUUUCGUAGAUUUGACGUGUAAACACUCAUUUCCAUUCCAGCUGGGAAGGGCUGGGGCUCCACUCAGCCGGGAGACGAAAGAACUGCACUUAGCGCUUGCCACCACCGCCCAGCCUCUCCUCGCGUCCCUCCUAUCUCCUUGCAGAGCAACCGGAGCGAGAAGUGGUCCAGACCCCGAGGGUGGGAAGAGCGAAUCGUUCUGGCUUUUCUCCUAUCUUGCUUCUUUCCCUCCUCUGCUUCCCACCUCUGUGCAAGGGAGUGUGUGAGCCAUGGAGCGAAGAGCCUGGACUCUGCAGUGUACUGCUUUCGUUCUCUUUUGCACUUGGUGUGCAUUGAACAGUGUAAAAGCGAAGAGGCAGUUUGUAAACGAAUGGGCGGCGGAGAUCCCUGGGGGACCAGAAGCAGCCUCGGCCAUAGCCGAGGAGCUGGGCUAUGACCUUUUGGGUCAGAUUGGAUCGCUUGAAAAUCAUUACUUAUUCAGACAUAAAAACCAUCCGCGACGGUCUCGAAGGAGUGCCCUUCAUAUCACUAAGAGAUUAUCUGAUGAUGACCGUGUGAUAUGGGCUGAACAACAGUAUGAAAAAAAGAGAAGUAAACGUUCAGUUCUGAGAGACUCAGCACUAAAUCUCUUCAAUGAUCCGAUGUGGAAUCAGCAGUGGUACUUGCAAGAUACCAGGAUGACGGCAUCCCUGCCCAAGCUGGAUCUCCAUGUGAUACCUGUUUGGCAAAAAGGCAUCACAGGCAAAGGAGUUGUUAUCACUGUACUGGAUGAUGGCUUGGAGUGGAAUCACACAGACAUCUAUGCCAAUUAUGAUCCAGAGGCUAGCUAUGAUUUUAAUGAUAAUGACCAUGAUCCAUUUCCCCGAUAUGAUUCCACAAAUGAGAACAAACAUGGGACCAGAUGUGCAGGGGAAAUUGCCAUGCAAGCAAAUAAUCACAAGUGUGGGGUCGGAGUUGCAUAUAAUUCCAAAGUCGGAGGUAUAAGAAUGCUGGACGGCAUUGUGACAGAUGCUAUUGAAGCCAGUUCAAUUGGAUUCAAUCCUGGACAUGUGGAUAUUUACAGUGCAAGCUGGGGGCCUAAUGAUGAUGGGAAAACUGUGGAGGGGCCUGGCCGCCUAGCCCAGAAGGCUUUUGAAUAUGGUGUUAAACAGGGGAGACAAGGAAAGGGCUCCAUCUUUGUCUGGGCUUCUGGGAAUGGGGGGCGUCAGGGAGACAACUGUGACUGCGAUGGGUACACAGACAGCAUCUACACCAUCUCCAUCAGCAGUGCCUCCCAGCAGGGCCUGUCCCCCUGGUACGCUGAGAAGUGCUCCUCCACGCUGGCCACCUCGUACAGCAGCGGGGACUACACCGACCAGCGGAUCACGAGCGCAGACCUGCACAACGACUGCACAGAGACCCACACGGGCACCUCGGCCUCGGCCCCCCUGGCUGCUGGCAUCUUUGCUCUGGCCCUGGAAGCAAACCCAAAUCUGACCUGGCGAGAUAUGCAGCACUUGGUUGUCUGGACCUCUGAGUAUGACCCACUGGCCAAUAACCCUGGAUGGAAAAAGAACGGGGCAGGCUUGAUGGUGAAUAGUCGAUUUGGAUUCGGGCUGCUAAAUGCCAAAGCUCUGGUGGACUUAGCUGAUCCAAGAACCUGGAAUGGUGUACCUGAGAAGAAAGAGUGUGUUGUAAAGGACAAUGACUUUGAGCCCAGAGCUCUGAAAGCUAAUGGAGAAGUUAUCAUUGAGAUUCCAACAAGAGCUUGUGAAGGACAGGAAAAUGCUAUCAAGUCCCUGGAACAUGUACAAUUUGAAGCAACAAUUGAAUAUUCUCGAAGAGGAGACCUUCGUGUCACACUCACCUCUGCUGCUGGAACCAACACCGUUCUGUUGGCUGAAAGAGAGCGGGAUACGUCUCCUAAUGGCUUUAAAAAUUGGGACUUCAUGUCUGUCCACACGUGGGGAGAGAAUCCAAUAGGCACCUGGACUUUGCGAAUUGCAGACAUGUCCGGGAGAAUGCAAAAUGAAGGGAGAAUUGUGAACUGGAAGCUGAUUUUUCAUGGGACCUCCUCUCAGCCAGAGCACAUGAAGCAGCCUCGUGUGUACACAUCUUACAACACCGUGCAGAACGACAGAAGAGGGGUGGAGAAGAUGGCGGAGUCAGGCGAGGAGCAGCCCACAGAAGAGAACCUGAAAGAAAAUCCACUGACUACAAAAAGCGGCAGCGGCGGCGGCGUGGGAAACAGAAGGGACAACCUGGUGGAGGGCGCCCCGUCUGAGGCCAUGCUGCGACUCCUACAAAGUGCUUUCAGCAAAAGCUCACCACCAAAGCAAUCACCAAAGAAGUCUCCAAGUGCAAAGCUCAACGUCCCUUAUGAAAAUUUCUACGAAGCCCUGGAAAAGCUGAACAAACCUUCCCAGCUUAAAGACGCUGAGGACAGUCUGUAUAACGACUACGUUGAUGUUUUCUAUAACACCAAACCUUACAAGCACAGAGAUGACCGCCUGCUGCAAGCUCUGGUGGACAUUUUGAAUGAAGAAAAUUAAAAUAAGUCAUGGUCCUGAGUUGGAAAUAUUCAUGCUUCUUCCCCUUAGAUUUUGCCUGUGCCUGAAGUAGUUGUUUUUGUCAUUGAUUCUUAUGCUUAUAAUAUUCUUGGCGAUACUUUUCCUUUUUCUCCCCAAACUGGACAUUUGAAAGAGAUGAGCUCAUAUAGUAAAUCCAGCAUCCUGAAUGGAUCAUAGCUCUUUCAAAGUGUCUCUUCUCUGCUGACACAAGUAAAGUGUUUGUUCUUUCUAGAGCCACAGUUCACACACGGUCCUCAAACCACAUUAGACCGCCUCCUUUGGCCCUCCCAUUUCAUCUCUCAAAAGAAAGGUCGUGAGCUGGGCAAUAGAUUAAUUUGAAAAGUAAUCUACAAAGAAUGAGAGGAAGAAAAUUGUUCUGAUAGCUGUCCCCUGACUUUGCCCUGUGGUUCUUUGAAUUUUGAUGUCACAGAAGGCUUUGGAAAGUCUCCAACAAAAGAGUUCACAAUUAGACCCAGAUCCUAUCUUUUCUAUUACAAAGGACUACUUAUUCAGGGAAUGAACAUCCAGUUGUUUGGGGGCAAAAGCUGGGUGAAUUAGACCCACGAACAGACGUCAGAGUCUGUGUUAUCUGGUUUGAGCAGUGUUAGAACACUCUUUGCCUGGUGUGCCAUGUGAGAGGCCUCUGCGGAUCUAAAGGCGACUGACCCUCACCUGUAUGCUCUGGGCUUCCUGUAUUUCCCCUUCUCAAGAUUCUCCUCACUUGUCUUAGCCACAAACUAUUAAUAAAUACUGAGAGAACUAAUUUAUACUACCUUCUUAGAACAAACUUACAUGUGGGACUUAGCAAAUUCCUAGCUGUAAUUUUUUUUUAGCAAUAAUAACAGAAAACUGCUCAUAACACAGAGAACCAAUCUAACAGGAGAAAUAUUCAUAUUGGAAGAGCCAAUGGGAGGUUUGUUUGUUUUUAAAAUUGUAUUCAUUAGAAUAGGUUUUUCUGGAUCUUUGAAACUAAGUGAUCACUCCUUGACACUAAAGGCUCUUCUACAAUCUUACAACUGAAGAGUAUACAAAUUCUCAUGAAAUUGCUUCCAAGCUUCAAUUCAGAGGACAUGAGGUGGCAGCCCACAGGCCAUAUUUGUUCUUCAGGGAGAUUUUAUUUGGCUUGUAAAAUGUUUUAAAAAUGUGAAUGACUAUUGAAAAUUUGAGAUUUCACAUAUAACCUGAUUCUCAGGCCCAUCUUCCCUUGUGGCGACAGUUGCUUGGAGCUAAGUAGCAGCUGCUCGGCUAGACUUGAAUGCCCGGUUCCCAAGGUGCUCUGCUCCAUGCUGCUGAUGGCAGCCACCUCACCGGCAAACACUCAAUAGGCAUUUUAUUUUGCCCACUGUUGCACUAAAUGAGCAUGUUCAAAGUGUAAAUGCAUUAGAAAAAAAAUCUUAACUUCUUUCAGACAGGAUCUGUAUGAUAAUUAUGAGAAUUUUCCAUGACUUAAUUAAAUUAUUGGCCUCCAAAAUGGUAUUUUAAUCUUCUGAAAGUACCUCUGAUACCUAGUUUGACAUGUUCACUUAAUCUUACCAUGGCUGGAUGCCCAUUUAUUCUAAUUCAUUACUGCCAACCCACUAGCUUCCCAUUCUCUACCUGCUCACAAAGGCUCUAGUCACCUACAGUGCAGUCUCCCAUUGGGUGUGCUAUUUGCAAUACUUCCAUGAAGUCUGAACUUUAUCAGGCUACACAUGAGCUAGACUAAGAAGAAAACACUAGAGUCUGCCACUUGCUUUGGUUUGAAGUAUGGUUUAUAGGACAAAAUUUCAUCCCCUAUUGUACCAUAUGAAUGUGUGCAGUAAAAGGGUAUUUUCAAAUACCCUGAAGCUUCAAGGAUAUUCUCCUAAAAGAACUGUAGUAUCACUUUGUUCUUGGGAGUUCCUCAUGCUGUUCAGUAUGGAGUGUUACAUAGAAUUCUGAAAAUUGCAGCAGAUCAAAAGUGUUAAAGCUGAAAAGGACCAGGGAGUUAUGAGAGAAAUUUUCAACUAAAAACAAAGCUAAGAUCUAGAGAGCCCAAUAAAAGUAAUAAAUGAAAUCUCAUCCUUUCCCCAUUCCUAGCCUAGUGCUAAUUGUCUGAAGCUUUCUUUUCAUUCUUUUAACAGUAUCUUUUCCUGGUUAAAACCCCAAACAACUCAUUGGAUUGUAGCCAAAGGUUCACUCCAGAGAAGCUUUAAUAUUUAAAGUCACGUUUGAAUGUUUCCAACCUGGGGUAUGUUGUUCAGACAAAAAAAAAAAAAAAAUAUUUUUGUCAGUCUUUCUUAGUGCCUGUGUGAAUUUUUGUGAAAAUAUAAAAGAGAAAAAUUAUAUAAUAUUUCCCUCAAAAUUUUAAACUAUAUUUUCUUUACAGGUAUUUAUAAUGUACCAAUGCUUUUAUCAAACAAUUUUAAAAGGCAUAAUAAAUUAUAUUAAAGAACCAAAAUUUUCGUGAGAAUAAGAAAGUUUCAUCCAAUAAAAUAUUUUUUGAAAGGCAUGUUCUUCUGUCAGUAUAAGAAAAAGUAUAAUAUGUAUGUGUUGUGGUAUUAAAAGUGACAUUUGCCUAAUAGCCUAAUAUAAUGUGUAGCUGAGUUUAAUAUAUGUGGUCUUAGCAUUCUUAAGGGAAC